AUGAUGUGCAGAAAGAAAAGUCACCGUUCUCGGGCCUCCAAGGUGCGCCACCACAUCCACUGUGAUUCCUGCUACAGUCGGCGCUGCAGGGCUCGGGUGGAGGCCUCUGUGUGCUGCGCGGUCAUCCCCUGCCGUCUGCUCUGUGGCGCUCUCUUCCACCUGUGCAAAGAAGAGGAUCACAUGCUGCUCUGCCCUAAUGUGAGGGUGCCCUGCAUUAACGCUGAGUACGGCUGCCCGAUCCAAUUGGCUCGCUCCUCACGGGCAGCUCACCUCCAGGUGUGCCCGGCCAGUGUGGUGUGCUGCUCCAUGGAGUGGAACCGCUGGCCAGCCAAUGACGCCCACUCCUUCCCAAACAUGGAGCUGCAUGAAAACCUGCUCAGAGAAAGAGCGCAGGGAAGGUGUCUGGACCUGGCCUUGGCUCUGAAAGACCAGGACCGCCUCUUUCACUCCAUGAAGAUGAAGAAACUGUUCCCAGAGCUGAUCCAGUGUGUGGAGGAGGAGGAGAGGGAGGAAAGGAGGAUGGAGGAGGAGAGGAGGAAGGAAAAGGAGAGGAAGAAAAAGGCAAUGUUGGAGAAGGAGGCAGCAGAAAGGGCAGCUGCAAAACUAGCCAGUGAGCUCGCCUGGGCCUCUUUUAACAUGUACAAUUUGAAUGAUAAUACCCCUGAUGACAAAGAAGAAGAAGAAGAAGAAGAAGAAGAUGAGGAUGAAGAGGAGGAAGAGGUUCAGGUCGAAUAUGAGCAGGGGCUUACACAGGAAGAGAGAGAGGCUCUUGCAAGGGCAUCAGGAAUAGAGGCUGAUCAUCUUGAAAAUUACAGCGCCUGGGAGCGAAUGUUCAGCAUGGAGAUGGGUGGAUGCAGGGAAGCCGAGGGGACGGCUGUGGCAGGAAGGGGACGGGGACUGGCUAAAGGGAGGGGGAAAGGCUUGAGGACCGUUACGGAGGAAGCUACAGCAGAUACCUGUGGAGGUGCAACAUCAUCAAACACCUGCAAACUGCUGACCAGCACUCUGAACAAGAAGGAGAAGUUUACAUAUGAACGCCUGGAGCCAAUGAAGAUCAUCAUUGUGCGCACUUUCAAAGUCCCGACCAGCUUUUCUGCCAAGCAGAGCCGCAUCCGCAACCCAGGUUUCUACAAAAGAGAGAGCAAAGCUGUGGAUACCAGUGACCUGGGGGUGGCGCUAGAGGCGAUGCCAGUGUGGGAGGAAGUUCAGGCCUCUCUGCUGUGCUCCUUGGAGGAGGAGCAGAGGGGUCACCUCAUUGCAGAAAGCGUGUGCACAGACGGUCUGUUAACAGACGAAGGCACGCAGACCUACAGCUUUCUGUCGGCUCCUUUCCGGAGAAACACUUCUCUGGCCGACCUGACGGCUGUCAAACCGCUUGAGCUGCACCUUCAGCUGCAGGUGGAGAGCGUCACCAGCCGACAUCACAAGGCCAGCUCCGCCUUCACCUUCCUCUGUGGACACACCUUCCAGCGCAGAGAAUAUGGCAAACAUUAUAAGAACGUCCACAGUGAUAUCCAGAUGUGUGUAAACGGAUGGUUCGAGCAGAGAUGCCCGCUCGCUUACUUGGGAUGCAGCUACAGCCAGAAGAGAUUUCAGCCCUCCACCCACGAAGCCACCAUCAACUACAACGAGGAUCUAGGCUGCUUCAGCCUGAUUCCCACCACCUCUGUUUGCCUGGGUGACACUUCCCAGACAUCCAGGAGCACAGAUGCCUCCACCAGCUUUGCUUGGAGGAAGAGAGGCAGUCGAGCGGGAGGAGCGGAUGACUCGCUGAGCUCGCUUCCCUACGAAGUGCUGUGCCACGUGGCCAGUUUCCUGGACAGCUUUUCCCUGUCCCAGCUGGCUAUGGUGUCCCACCUCAUGAGGCAGGUGUGCUCCUCUCAGCUGCAGGAGAGAGGGAUGGUCACCCUCCGCUGGGAGAGGAAGACCUACUCGCAUGGAGGAGCCAAGUGGAGGGUGAAGCAGAGGGUCUGGCAGUUCAGUACCUUGUUCUCUCCGGUGGAUACGUGGUGCUUCCAGGAUGUGCCACCCAUCUCAGAGCAUCUAAAGGUGUGUCGUUAUUAUGAGAGGGAGUCCAGGACGGAGAAGAUUUACCUGCCACGCAUGCGAGAAGAAAUCCAGCCCAACACAAGCUGCAAACCUCCCACUCUGGUUACCAUGUUCCAGCAGAAGAGAAUCAUGAUGUAG